AUGUGUUACUGGAUUAUUGAAAGAAAGAUGUCACUUCAAGUAUUGUCAAAACUUAUUCAGAAGUCUAAUAUUUCACAAUGUAGAUGGCAGCAUUAUUCUCGGACAUGUAUUUCCAUUAUCACUGAGAGUAAUGGUCCUUCAAGAUAUCAUCAAAGGACAGGUACUUUCUGUUCAACACAGCAUGGUGCUUCAAGAUCAAUUCAUAUUGGAGGAAAUUUAGAUCCAGUGCCAACGCCUGUCAUUACUUCAUGGAAAUCUUUUAGUAGUUUCUCUGAGAAAUCUUUUUUGAUGACAGAUGAAACAGUUUCUGAUUUACGACGCUUUCUCAAUGAGGUUGGCACAGAUCCAAAAGAAGCCAGAUUUUGGUUAAAACAUUUUGCUACUGUAGAAGAACAACAAGCUUUUGCUGUGUUUCAAAUUGAUCCAGAAUUAUUCUGUCACCCUCAACAACUUGAAAUCCUAUCAUCCAGUCUCUCGUUUCUACAUCGUAAUAAAAUGAAACCUGUGAUAGUGUGUGGUCCUAGAAUAAAACAUGGUACAACUCUAUCACAAGAUGACUUCCAGAAAUUGAAAACUAAAACAGCAUUAGAUAUGACAGUAUUCACUAGUUUAUUAGAAUCUCAUGGUGUUCAAGCUAGACCAUUAUUUGUGGGUAGUGGUGUUAUAAAAGCAAAAGCCUUGGAAGGCACCAAAUAUUCUGGUGAAAUCAUGGAUAUAGAUAGUGAUAUUGUUCAAUGGUGUUUAUUAACUCAACAUAUACCAGUCAUCUCUUCCCUGGGUGAAACAACAGACGGACAAAUUCUCUCCCUUGAUUUAUGGUCUGUUACUAGGCAACUGUCUCAAAUUCUAAAACCCCUUAAAGUCAUGAAGAUAAACUUAAAUGGCGGCUUUGUUAACAAUAUUGAUCAGGUUGUGGCCAAUGUUAAUUUACCAGUAGAUCUGGAGUCUAAUGAUAAAAAGUCGUGGUUAAAUAAAGACAUUUUACACAAGACUCAAGAUAUAUAUGAAUUAUUAUGUAAAUUGCCCAGUGAAUCUUCAGUUGUUAUAACAUCUGUUAAUAAUCUUCUUAAAGAACUUUUCACUCAUAGAGGCUCGGGAACAUUCUUUAAAAUAACGGAACCUAUUCAGAGAUAUAGAACAUUAGAUGGUAUGGAUAUGGAUAGAUUUACUGCACUCUUCAAUAAGUCGUUUAAGAAAAAUCUAAAACCUGAAUAUUUUGAAGAAAUUGAAGAUAAGAUUGACAGAAUUUAUUUGUCCAAAAGUUACAAUGCUGGAGCAGUCAUAUUGAGAGAUGAAGAAACAAACAUCCCUUAUUUAUGUAAAUUAGGUGUGUCUGCUAAAGCUCAAGGGGAGGGAACUAGUGAAUUAUUAUGGGAUACCAUAAGACAAGAUUAUCAACAGUUAUUUUGGAGAUCUCGCAUUGAUAACUUCAUCAACUCAUGGUAUUUUAAGAAAUGUGAAGGAAGUUGGACCAAUAGUAAAUGGACAGUUUUCUGGUAUGGAGUAACAGACCCCAGUAUAUCCACAGUUCUAAUCAAUACUGCUAUGAAUAAAGAACCCUCCUUUCAAACUCCUAGUGAUUCUAAAGCUUCAGCUUAA